UGUACACCGACUUCCCACUUGCGAGGUAGGUAGCCUAUUUGCUACUGCCGACAACUAGACCCGACCACGGUUGCAUGUGAACCAUCAAGAACGAAGAGAACCAGCGCAAGGAGAGAGAAAAGCGCAAGAGGGUGUACGUACGAGCGAGAGAGAGAGAAAGCGUACAGAAAGGAAAAAAACUUUAGUAACUAUGGCCCUGUCAGCAACUCCCCCGGUGCUUUCGCCGACCUCCACUCCGGGGUCCGGCGGCUUAUUCCGCCCAGAUCCCCUGUACUCUAGUCCCGACGAGUCUCCCAGGCUGACAAGCAGCAUGAUCAACUCUUUCAUCAACAGCGGAGGCGGCGGUGGUGGAAACGGGAACAGCUCCAGCGGCAAUAACGAGUGCAAAAUGGUGGAGGUCCAUGGGGUCAAAGUAGCCUCUUUCACCGUGGACGGUCAGGAGCUAAUAUGCCUGCCGCAGGUUUUCGACCUCUUCUUGAAACAUCUGGUCGGAGGGUUGCACACCGUGUACACCAAGCUGAAGCGCCUGGAUAUAUGUCCCGUCGUCUGCACCGUGGAACAGGUCCGUAUCCUUCGCGGUCUCGGGGCUAUUCAGCCGGGCGUGAAUCGUUGCAAACUCAUCUCCCGCAAAGACUUCGAGGCUUUGUACAACGACUGCACAAAUGCCAGCUCCACCUCAGAGGCCCCCUGCGGCGGGCUGGUCUGGAGGGUGCGUGGUGCCCUAGAGCGGUGUGGGCUGUCCUGGGCUUUGACAGGCUCUGUCACCUUGAAUUUCCUGUGGGCUCCGGAGCAGAGCGCAGCCCAGGCCCCCCCAGCCACAGCAGCCGCAGCACUGAGGAGCUUUAUGAGCCUCUGGGUCCCAGACAGGAUGGCAGGUGCUUCGCCAAAAGCCCUGGGGGACACACGGGGCAAAUGGGGGUCAGGAGCGGCCGGCCACGAGAACCAGCGCCAAGGGACACGGGGAGAGAACUGA